ACGCAGCGUCGUCACAUUCGGGUCACGUGAUGUUUUGUUGACGGUAGGAGACGGACAAAGAUGGCGGCCCGCUGGAGCAGUGAGAAUGUGGUGGUUGAGUUUCGGGAUGCUCAGGCCACCGCCAUGUCAGUGGACUGUCUGGGCUCACACGCCGUGCUGUCCGGGAGACGUUUCCUCUACAUGGUGAACCUCGAGGCUCCGUCCGAGCCUCCGAGGAAAAUUGGUCGUCAGAGUAAAUGGGACGUGGGAACGGUCCAGUGGAAUCCUCACCGCUCAGAGUCUCACAUCUUCGCUGCCUCGAGUAACCAGCGUGUGGAUCUGUACUCGUGGAAGGAAGGCUGUGGAGAAGUUCACACCUCCCUGCAGGCUCACACCCGAGUCAUCAGUGAUCUGGACUGGUCCUGGUUUGAACCUGAGUUCCUGGUCACCAGCUCAGUGGACACUUACAUCUACAUCUGGGACACCAGAGACACUCGGAAACCCACAGUGGCGCUGUCUGCUGUCGCCGGAGCGUCUCAGGUGAAGUGGAACAGGAAGAACCAGUACCUGCUGGCGUCCAGUCAUGAUGGAGACGUUCGAAUCUGGGAUAAAAGAAAGCCAAACACGGCGGUGGAGUACGUGGCGGCUCACCUGUCAAAGAUCCACGGCCUCGACUGGCAUCCGGAAAACGAGUUCAUCUUUGCCACGUCGAGCCAGGACAACUCAGUGAGGUUCUGGGAUUACAGACAGCCCAGGAAGUAUCUGAACAUCCUGUCCUGCCAGGUGCCGGUGUGGAAGGCCCGGUACACGCCGUUCUCAAACGGUCUGGUCACAGUGAUGGUUCCUCAGCUGAGGAGAGAGAACAGUCUGUUACUUUGGAGCACGCUCGACCUCAACAAUCCCGUCCACGCCUUUGUCGGACACGAUGACGUGGUGCUGGAGUUCCAGUGGAGGCCGCAGAAAGAAGGCUCAAAGGAUUACCAGCUGGUCACCUGGUCCAGAGACCAGACUCUGAGGAUCUGGAGGGUGGAUCCUCAGCUGCAGAAGCUGUGUGUCAGUGACGUGGACGACCUGAUGGAGGGGAUGUCGCUCACCGUCGAGUCGGAGAAGUCUCUGACAUCUCAGGAGCCGGAGAGCCAGCACGGCGUCGGCCUCGCCGCUGAAAACCUGCACGAUCCGGACUCUGGAGGUCGUCAGGACUCAGCGGGGGGUUCAGGUGUCCCUCAGACUCUGCAGCAGGAGUUUUCUUUGGUCAACCUGCAGAUCAGAAACGUCAACGUGGAGAUGGACGCAGUGAACCGCAGCUGUGUGGUGUCAGCUCACUUCGGCAGCCAUCAGGUUCACCUGGUUGUGAAGUUUCCUGCUCAGUAUCCCAACAACGCCGCGCCAACCUUCCAGUUUGUCUCACCAACAACCAUCCCGUCUGUCAUGAAGAUAAAGAUCCAGAAGAUUCUGACUGACACAUCCCUGCAGAAAGUGAAAAGGAACCAGAACUGUCUAGAGCCGUGCGUACGACAGCUGGUUUCUUGUCUGGAGUCGGACAUGACUCAGGAGGAUGGUCCGACCUCCAGCCCCUUCGUGCUGUCCAACCCCGUCACUCCGGCCCUGCAGGCGUUCCCCCGAGUCACCAACACAUACGGCUCCUAUCAGGAUGCAAACAUCCCGUUCCCUCGGACCUCUGGAGCUCGUUUCUGUGGUACCGGCUGCCUUGUUUACUUCACCCGACCAAUCACGAUGCACCGCUCUGUCCCACCCACUGAACCCACUCCCAGGUCCCUGUCAGCUCUGUCGGCCUAUCACAGUGGAGUGCUGACUCCGAUGAAGAUGCGUUCAGAGUCUCAGAGCACUCUGCGCUUGUACAGCGGCAGCCCGACCCGCUCCGACAAAGACACCGUCUCCAUCUCCUCCUUCUACUACAAAGAACGGAAGCUCCCAAUCUCUGCCUCCCGUCGCUGGUCUGUCCAAACCCUUCAUGAUUGGCCGAAAUCUCGGCGGUUCAAGACGAAGCGAGAGGGGACAGACUACGGGAACCGUCCCAUCAAACUGGCAGGAAAGGUCAUCAUCCAGGAGAUCUCCUGUCUGCUGCCCGUCCACAAGGCUCUGGGAGAGAGCUACAUUCUGAACAUGAAUGACAUCCAGGAAACGUGUCAGAAGAAUGCAGCAGCGGCGCUGACAGUUGGACGCAGAGACGUAGCAAAGGUGUGGGCUCUUGCAUCUGCAGCAACCAAUCAGGAUCUGAGUCCAGACUCAGACCCCGACACAGAGACCCCCUGGGCCAGACACCCGUUUGGACGCCAGCUGCUGGAGACCCUUUUGGAUCACUACAGUCAGAUGAGCGACGUUCAGACUCUGGCCAUGCUGUGCAGCGUGUUCAGAGCUCAGGCUGCUCCUGCAGACUCUUACUCUCUGUACGGACACCACCCAUCACGCUCCUCCAUGUUCCCCCCACACCACUCAAGAUAUCCCAGCUUCACAUCCAGCUCUGUCACCUCGGGCUCAUGCUCCAGCACCUCUGACUCCAUCACAACCACCAACUGGAACACAGGUAGAGAGCCUGAACACCCUAACCCCUGGGGUGAGUCCUCCCCUGAUGAUUAUCGCUAUAGUAACCAGGGUUACAGUGAUCCACGGGAACGGGAGCGGGAGCAGCACGAUAUGAACAAGAGGCUGCUGGACCCGGCCAACAUGCUGCAGUUUGAUGACUUUAAGAUAUGUUACGGUGAAAUUCUGUACCGCUGGGGACUGAGGGAGAAAAGAGCCGAUGUUCUCAAGUUUGCCUCCUGCCCGCCUGAACCUCACAAAGGCAUCGAGUUUGGGGUGUACUGCUGUCACUGUCGCAGUCAGGCCAGGGGAACUCAGUGUGCCGUCUGCAAGCGUCUCACUUUCCAGUGCGCCAUCUGUCACGUGGCUGUGCGCGGCUCCUCCAACUUCUGCCUGAGCUGUGGUCACGGAGGACACACCAGUCACAUGAUGGACUGGUUCCGCCGACAGGACGAGUGUCCGGCUGGCUGCGGCUGCCACUGUCUGCUGCAGAGCACCUUCUGAUGCAGCGUAGGCCCCAUGCUGAAUAAAACCUAGGCAUCUCCAGAGAACGGAGGGGUCUGAUCAGCAAGAUCUAAGGGGGCUGAUGCACAGCUCGGACUCCUCGUGGUCGCAGAGGAUCAGCUCCACUGACAGAUGGUGACAGGACAACAGAGUCCUUCCAACAGUUUGCCCCACAACACAAAACACUGCUUGGACUGAAGGACAAUCAUGGUCCCUUGAGGCUAAAACCUCCAGACUCUGUCCUCUGGACUGCAUUUAAACUAGGACACUAGAAAUGCCAAAACCCAAAGGCUAGAUAGUUGUGAUGCUGCCUUCAUGAAGAACUUAAUCUGUUGUAGAGACUUUUUCCUUUCAUCUAGCACCAUCCUAAAUGUAAAGGCUGCAGGGUGUGUAACUGUGUCUCUCAGGCAGGACGUAGUUAUCACUGAACAAUAAGCAGGUCUGUAAACAGUGGUGUGUUUCAACUGUCAGUGGUGUCGACAUAUUUUCAUCACUGCUCAGGUUAAAAUUUCCAGCAGUCUGUAAGGACUCCAGCUCAAAUCUGACACCGAAUUUAACCAACACUAACAAUCAUUUUACUUACAAAUAAUCCAUCUUUUUUGAUUGUUUAAUCAUUGAGUGUCUAAGAUAGGGAAAAACUGCCAAAGUGACUUUCUGUCAGACGGAGCAGGUCACGAUACAAAUCAGAUAAAACCAACAAUCCUCACAUUUGAGAAGCUUGACCAAGAGAAUCUGCUGAUGUCAUGCAUGAGCAAAGAAAUGAAAACCUUGUUGAACACCUUUUUCCCAGCUUUCCCAACAGGCUUCUUUGAGGGGGAGAAGGGGGGGGGGUUUAGUGCCUGAAUAAUGUGUUCAUAUGAACAAUCCUUUUUAAUGCUGUAACACCUCGACAUAAUACAGUUACUGCAAAAAGCAAAAAAAAACAGUGAUGUGAAUCUCAGGUCAUAUCGCCCAGCACAGGGGAGCGUGGGAUAGGGCAGUGUCUGUGCAGUCAGUUAAUUCAGUGUUUGUUAUGAAAUCAGGUGAGUCUGUGCUUAGUUCACUGUCCCUCCAUAUUCACAGAGGCCUUACAGGACUCAAUGCUGACUCAAUCUAGACUGUUUUUUUUUUUUAUGUGAAACUCUGAAUGAAGAAUGUGUGAAAAGUUAACAAAUGUACUUGAUGUAAAAUAGAAAUAAAAUUAAGUUUGAAUUCAAA